AUGGCUCCCAAGUCGGACGAGUCUUCCUCGGCGCCUUUGGGCCAGAGGAAGGUGAGCAACGAGCAAAAGCCUCUGAAAGAUUGGCAUCAAAUGGCGAAAACCGUAACUGGCUUGAAGCAGUGCAUCUUCGACCUUAAUGAGACCUCGUCGGGGACGACGCAGAGGCUAGACAAGACGUACUACUCAGUCCUCGAGAAGAUUGGUACGCUGCAGAGCACCAUACUAGGCCUGAGGGAGCUUGCCACCCAAACGCAAACGACAGCCGAGGUCUUUGACAAGGAGACUGGCGAGGUAGCAAAGGAAGUCCAUAACCAACUUGGACAGUUCGGCAAUUUCAAGUCACAGGAAAAGCGCAUCGAAGCCCUCCGCGCUCGAAUCGAUGUCAGCCGCGAAAAGAUGACUGCGCUCGGUGGGCGCAUCGACGUCGUCAAGGACAGGGUCGAGGGCUGGGAGCGCGCGGACAAGGAGUGGCAAGAGCGUACGCGCAAGCGCUUGAAAACUUUCUGGGCUGCCACGUCUAUCGGCCUGCUUGUACUGGUGCUUCUCUAUCUUGGCGCCCCGUACGUGGUAACUCUAUCAGAGCCGCCAGACCCGGUCGGUCUAAUCGGCACGUCUGCGGUAUGUGGUGCAAGCGAGGGACUGGGUGAGAGGACGAGCGAUCUGACGAGCACUACUUCGCCCGCAAAGAGGCCAGAGGUGGACUUGGGCUCCCACAGUCCCCCGGAACAGCGGAUGCCCAACCUCACAAGGCGAUCUGAUGUAGGGGGAUAG